GCUCGGCGGGGCCGCGGCCAUGGCUUCCGGCGGCUGGCGCUGGGCUCGGAAGGCGCUGGCUGCCGGGCGUCCGCUGUUCCGGGGCCGCGCGCUGCUCGUCACCAACACGCUGGGCUGCGGCACGCUCAUGGCCGCGGGCGACGGCGCGCGGCAGGCCUGGGAGGUGCGCGCGCGGCCGGGACAGAGCUUCAGCGCGCGGCGCUCAGCCAGCAUGUUCGCGGUGGGCUGCAGCAUGGGCCCCUUCCUGCACUUCUGGUACCUGUGGCUGGACCGCCUCGUCCCCGCCGCUGGCCUGCGCAGCCUCCCCAGCGUGAUGAAGAAGGUCCUAGUGGAUCAGGUGGUGGCGUCCCCCAUACUGGGCGUCUGGUACUUCCUGGGCCUUGGCAGCCUGGAGGGCCAGACCCUGGAACAGAGCUGGCAGGAGCUGCGGGACAAGUUCUGGGACUUCUACAAGGCUGACUGGUGCGUCUGGCCAGCUGCUCAGCUGGUGAACUUCCUGUUCAUCCCGUCACAUUUCCGAGUCACCUACAUCAACGGGCUGACGCUGGGCUGGGACACGUAUCUCUCCUACCUGAAGUACUGGGCCCCUGAACCCCUUCCGACUCCAGGCUGUGCGGACUGAACAGGAAGC